CUAACGUUACACUGUGCUCGGAUGUAGACGUACGUUGUGUGCGCAUGCGUUUCUCUAUUUGUGUGGCAAAUUUCUUUUACGGGAAACUUAAUUGAAGUUGUUUACAAAUUCUUUCGAAGAAGUGUUUUGAAAAUUAAAUAAAUUAACUGCAAACCAAAAGCCUGGAGGUCGAAUUGUGUUAAAAAAGAAUUAAAUCUAAUAAGAAAAGAUUUCUAAAAAUAUAAGUCCAACAUUUAAAACAAAGCGAAACAAAAAAUUUAUGCAAAAAUAAAGAUUAAUGGCCGCUCUAAGCCAAGUUUGAGUGGAGACGAAGAAAAAAAAACCAACAAAAAAAAAAAACAAAAAUUGUGUUCAAACUGCCAUGGCGGCUGCUAAUGUUUUAUGCUCUCUGUAGCAGAGUGUGUGUUAGUGUCUGAAAAAAAUGUUUAUUGAAAAUUUCGCCGACUUUUAUAAAAUCUGGGAUUUACUUAAUAUGUUCGAUGCGGUCUCGGCUGUCACCAUAGCCCAAAAAUCAUAAGAGGAUUAUAUUGAAGUUUCGGAAAAGAAACACAGAAAAAAAUAGCCGAAAAUAAAGCAUGAUAAGAACAAUACAACACCUGCCGUCAAUGUUUAAACGAAUAAAUCCCAACAAAAUGCUAUUACAAUAUCUGACAUUAAUAAUUACGGUGGCGUGUUGGGUGUACCAACCGACCGGGGCGGUUUUGAGAAAUCCAAAUACAAAAACUAGAGCAGAUUAUGACAGCAUAGAAAAUGAUUCGCGAUACAUAUCAUAUCAAGAUUUAAUGGAAACGGCAAAACGUUUUACCGAACCCGAAAUAGCAUCCUAUUCCGAAAUGUUGGUUGAUGUGGCGCGAAACCAAAUUAUUGUGGGUGCAAGAGAUACCUUGUAUCGCAUGUCCUUCGAUUUGGAAGUGCUGGAGCGGGCCGAUUGGGGUGCGACGCCAACCCAGAUUUCCAUGUGCCAGGCAAAAGGCCAAUCGGAGCAAGUGUGUCGCAACUAUGUGCGCGUACUGCAGCCGUACGGUGGGAAUCUGUUGUACGCGUGUGGGACGAGUGCCUUCUAUCCGAAUUGUACAUGGCGCCAGAUGGAAAAUCUAACGGUCACCGGUUAUGACAACGGUGUGGGAAAAUGCCCCUUCAAUCCGAAAUCAAACAUCACAAGUCUCAUGACAGACAAUGGAAAAAUGUUUGUGGGCACUGCCACAGAUUUUUCGGGUGGCGAUGGCGCCAUUUUAAAAUCGGAGGUGCUGCCGAAUGCGCCCAACUACAACAAAGUGAUACGCACCAAACAGUACAACAACAAUUGGCUAAAUAAUCCCCAGUUUGUGGGUAGUUUUGAGGCCGGAGAUUUUGUGUAUUUUCUGUUCCGAGAACCGGCCAUGGAGUACAUCAAUUGUGGAAAGGCCAUCUAUUCCCGCAUUGCCCGUGUGUGCAAAAACGAUCCUGGUGGUGAUCAAAUUCUGCGCGACAAUUGGACAUCCUUCCUCAAGGCCCGUCUGAACUGCUCUCUGCCCGGAGAAUAUCCCUUCUAUUUUGAUGAAAUACAGGAUAUGGUGUAUUCCUAUGAAGAGGAUGUGCUCUAUGCCACCUUUACCACGCCAGAAAACAGCAUUCAUGGCUCGGCGGUGUGUGCCUUUAAUCUGAGCGACAUCAACGAAGCCUUUGAUGGCCCCUUCAAGCAUCAGGAGCACAGUGACAGCCCGUGGCGUGUGGUCCAUUCCCAGCAUAAUAGUCAAUUUAAAUGUCACACCCCAACGGCCAGCAGCCGAUCGCAUGCCCAUCUGCUGGAAUCUUCCAAAUAUCAGCUAAUGGAUCGUGCCGUACAACCCAUUACCCAGACUCCCCUCUACCAUGCCAAAUUGGAACGCUUCUCACACAUUGCCCUGGAUACCGUUGAAACAAAGUCGGGGAAAAUCAAUGUACUGUUCGUGAAUUCCGAUCGCAAUGUCAUCAAAAAGCUGUCGCUCAGAUAUGCAGUCGAUGAUGAAACGCCGGUGCAAACCUGCCUCGUGGAAAUGUGGAAUACCGAAGAUGUGCCGAUUUUGAAUAUGAAAUAUUUGAGGGUCACCGAUUCGUUGUAUGUGGGUUCGGAGAACUCAUUGACCCGCAUACCAGCCCAACACUGUAGCCGUCAUGUCUCGAGGAUAUCCUGCCUGAAUGCCAUGGAUCCGUAUUGUGGCUGGAAUGAGUUGGUCGACAAAUGUACGCCGCAAUAUUUGAGAGAACAAAUGACCAAAUAUUGGCUGCAGGCUGACGACUUUAGCUGCCCUGUUUUGACCUCACCCAUAGAUGGCGCCUGGUCUUCCUGGUCCAAUUGGUAUAAGUGUUCCAAAAAUGGCAAUGAUGAUGGCGACUGCCUUUGUCGAUCUCGUACCUGUAACAAUCCCAGUCCCCGAAAUGGUGGCAAAGAUUGUGAGGGCAUAACCACAGAGGUGACAAAUUGCACGGUGCAUGGCGGCUGGACGGAAUGGUCUGCCUGGUCGGCUUGCUCUCAGACCUGUGGCAUGGCUGUGAAGACUAGGCGCAGGACCUGCAGCAAUCCCAAGCCGGCAUUUGGUGGUCGCACUUGUGUCGGUUCGGAAAGGGCAGAAAUGUAUUGUACCAACCUACCGCCCUGUCCCCUGCCUAAGCCGGCCAGUGUUGAUGGCGGUUGGGGUCCCUGGGGAGAGUGGAGUGAAUGCAGCCAUUUGUGUGGAGGCGGUUUUCGUAUUCGUCGCCGUGAAUGCAAUGAUCCUAAGCCACAAAAUGGUGGCAUGGAGUGCCCUGGCUGCAACAUAGACUAUGAGGACUGCAACAUGCAGUCAUGUCCGGAGGUAAAGAAACUCAGCGGUUGGACUCCUUGGUUGAUACAACAAAAUCGCACCGAUGAGGCGGAGGGUGUAACGGUACUCACCGAAAAACGUUUCCGUUUCGUUUGUCGUGCCACCACCUCGGAUGUCUCGUCGAUGCACAUCGGCGUGGCCAAGACAGAGAAUCGCAUAUGUCGUGAUGGCGUCUGUCAACGACUGGGUGAAGCCAAUUCUUCCGAUGAGCCGGAAUAUGGCGAAUGGGGUCCAUGUAAUGUCACCUGUGGCGGUGGGGUGCAACAUCGUCACUCGGAAUUCUCCGGCAAACAUCGGGGCAAACACACCCAUAGUAGAGCCUGUAAUAUGCAUCCUUGUCCCGAACCGCCGGCUGUCGGGUUUAAUGAAGUCGUCGCUGCCCAUGAAUGGAGUUGCUGGACCGAUUGGUCACCGUGCUCGGUAACCUGUGGUGUGGGCAUUAAACGGCGCACCCGUAAAUGUUUGGGAGGUCAUGACAAGCUGUGUCACGGACGGGCCAUUGAUGAGGAAAAAUGUGAAAUGAAACCAUGUGAAGAUUUCGUAGGUUGGAGUACUUGGUCAGAGUGGUCUGAUUGUACAAAGGAUGGCAUUCGCUUCAGACAUCGCAAGUGUCUGGUAGAUACUCCCAACGAAACAGAAUGUCGUGGUGAAGAAUUUGAAAAAACUGCUUGUGUGCCAGGAGAAUGUGAAGGUACACAAAUGGCUUCAACAUCUACCGUUGUCACCAUAAUAUCCGUUGUGAUACUAUUAUAUGCCACCACCAUAUUUAUGACAUUCUGGAUGACGCGGCGUCACUAUAGGCCUCCGGCACCAAUUUUGAAAAAUAACACACCCUCCCCGACUUCAUAUGACUCGUAUCCCAAUCAGUAUUCCAGUUUACCCACCAAAGAUGUAAGUUUUUCCAGAAUUUCGUUUUUUUUUUUUCUUGAGCCGGAACUAAUCCUGAAUUUUGUGUCUUUUCUUCAGAUCUACGAUGUACGACCGAAAGUGAAACGACAAUCCAGUUUCAAUAUGUGCUCUUCGCCCACAUCGAAAAAUUUCAAUGCGGGCACCCUGAAUCGCAAUAAUAUCAAUCACAAUCACACGCCCAAGGUGCUGGCCAAGAGCUUCAACGACUGUGAAACAGGGACACUGAAAAGGACAUCGAACGCCCUGAAUAAUUAUCGAUCGAAUAUUGAUGAUGAAAAGUUUUGAAAGACAGACAAAAUGGAAUGGAAUUCCCCAUGGAAUAUUGGAAGCUAAGGAAUUCCAUUGCCAAAGAGGAAAACAAAAAACAGGAGAAGAAGCAGAUCAGGACAUAUUUUGGUAAAGGCAUUGGUUUUGGGCCAAACCAAAAUAUCGAAGAUGAAUGCAAGCAUUUAAGGCAGCCAAAAACAUUUUGAGAAAUGUUCGAACUGAAAAUAGCUAAGCUUCAAUUUAAAUUUUUUCUCCUCAAAUUCCAUCUUCUUCUCCCCUUCCUCUUGCUUUGGACAACUGCAUUUUUUGUAGCCACCAGAUGAGCUAUCCACUAAGAAAAUGAGUGUAUCAUACUGUGCCAUUAUUUAAGCCAGCUUAAUUAAGUUAAUUUAAUUUACACAUUUCCUUGAAUUGUAUUAUUUUUUAGAUUAUUAAGAUUAUUGACUCAUAUUGAGUCCCGGAUUUUUGUUUAGCUUAAUUUGUAAUUGUCUUGUAAGUUUGUAGUCUAUUUAUAAAUAUAAGAUUUAUUUUUGUAUAUAGAAUAAUUGUAUCUUAUAUAUAGAUUUAAUACAGCCUUAUAGUCAUUAAGAUAAACUCAACUCCAAAAUUAACGAAAAUAUGAUUAACAAACUAG